GUAGCAUAAUAUGACGCGGAACCAUUGCGGUAGUCGUCCUUCCUCUGCGUAGUUCUCUCGGUUUGUGAGAAUUACAACAACAAAAUGGUUUCGGACAUGGAUGGUGGAAGCAUAACGAAGCACUCGCUGACUGGAACAUCUGUAACCUCAACGAACGACAUUAGCCUAACGUCGUACGACCGUACCUGUGAUAUAUUCCGGUUGCAAGCAACGGGCCAGCAUCCAAGUAGCCGCGAUCCUCCGCCCGCUGGUACCACCUCGGCCGUCCUUUUGCUUGAUCAGCUGGCCGCCCAGCUGUCGGACGAGGAGCUUUCCUCGUACGGGGCAGCCGUCGAGCUUAUGCUUGAUAAUGAAGAAGACGAUGGCGCAGCGGAGGCUGGAAAUCUAGCGCAGAGAACGAAAGAAAGAGACACCGGUGAUGACGUAUCACUUGUGCCGGGAGAGUCAGAGGAGACAGAGUUGGAUCCGAUGGAGCAGUCAGCGACUGACCCUUCUCUGAGCGGUCAAACGAAUCCAACGAUAAUGUUGAACUCGCCGGAACAGCAGCAACCCGUCGUUGACGAGGAAGACGAAGAUGAGCUGACGGAAAAGCAGCUAUCGUUUUAGUUGCUGCGCGAUAUGUGUUCGUUCACAGGUGGUCAAGCCGUUUCACAGGAACUUCUGCCCUUUCGAGUGUAGUUUAGGCUCACAACAUUGCUCACUGCCCAAAGAAGAGGACGAACCUGUGUACCCCUUUUCUUACCUUUAUCCAGUUUUAAGAAGAAGAGAAGAGUGGUGUACGAUAAUUUGCUCUUGGCUGCAAGGUUAGCGGUUUAGAGCGGUAAAAUCGGAAUAUUUCCAACUUUACACAGUGUGAAUAAAACAUAACUUUGAGAAUGAAAGUGUAACUAAGCUGAUCUUGUU